CAGAGCGAAGCUCCAUCUUUCCAUCUCGAGCGCAGACAGAGCCGCGGAUGUUCAUAUUUUCUGCCGUUUGUUUUUAUUUUUAUCCGCUCAGAGUCGAUGUAAAACUCACCCGAAGCGACUUUUCCUCCGGUAUCAGGCGCCCGGGAGCUUCCAGCGAACAGAAAUGCGGCGUGAGGGAGCUGUUAUGAGGUAGAUCGAGCCGCUGCUGCUGCGCUUCGGCCGCAGCGACACAUUUGAGUGUAAAUCCGCUGAAAGAGUGUUUCCGGCCCGCACACGAGCAGGUGAACAGCAGCUCACUUGGUGUAUCACCAAAGUCUCUAUCAAGUCAGUCCACUCUCGGGAGGAUAUUUCCAGUCAUGCCAGUGCAGCUCCUAUCUACUUGAAUGAGGAAAGACCAAAAUCUCAAAAACGGAAUCAUGAUUUUGCGAGCUCUGCAGCUCAACGGUUUGGAGUGAGAUCUGGUUUAUGAUGAACAUCUACAGAUCUGUUUGAAGAUCAUGUCUUGUGUUCUCCUCUUUAAAGACACGUCACGUGACCCGGAUGGCUCUCUGUGCAUGCUGCGGCUGCAACUGUUUCCAUGCGUUUAGUGUUUGACGUGUUUUCAUGUGCAGCUCAGAAGCACUGUCAGACUCUCUUCAAUGGCUCUGAUUGGUCAGACGCCUGCAGCGACGUUCCUGUCUGCGUUUAGUGGUAAAGUUAUGCGUCCUGCCGGUGGCUGGUCUGUACUGUGAGUCCGGCUCGUGACGCUCCUGGCAUUCAGGACAGUUGUAGUCUUCCCUCUCUGAGUGUCAGUAUGAGACUUUGUGUCGGGACGUCCCUGGCACGAGACUGAGUGCGUGAUCUUGCGAGGAGUUUGCACCGAUCCAGAAACAUGAAUGGCGGAAAAGAACGAGAGGUGGUGGAGGGCAGAGGUCAGCUCGCCCAGGUGCCCAUCGGCUGGCAACGAAAGGUCGAGACCUCAGGGGUCAUUUAUAUCAGUCCAAGCGGAUCAGUGCUUUCCUGCCUUGAGCAGGUGAAGUCUUACCUGUUGACUGACGGCACAUGUAAAUGUGGUCUGGAAUGUCCUCUCAUCCUGCACAAGGUUUUUAACUUUGACCCUGGUGCCGUGGUUAAGCAGAGGACUGCAGAGGAUGUGAAGGCUGAUGAGGAUGUUACGAAGCUUUGCAUCCACAAGAGGAAGCUUAUCGCAGUGGCGACACUGCACAAGAGCAUGGAGCUGCCGCCUUCCUCCCUCACACUCCCCAGUCCUGGUGGAGGCACAAGUGUGACCUCCAUGACCCCUACCACACAGCCUCGAGCAAUAAGGAGUAAAACCCAUGAGGGCCAGGCAGAAUGUAAGGACCCGUUCAAGGCGAUGAUGGCUGUGGGUCAGCGGCACGUUUCUCCGGAUCUGUGCGGCCCGCAUCAGCAGGACGUUUAUCCUGGAUACUCCAGGCAGAGGCUGGGCAGCACGGAGCCGGGGCACAAGUCUCCAUUCCGCAGUGGACAUGGAGUCAUGUUGAGUCCCCCCUCACAACCAUUCGGGGAUGGUCCUCUGUCCCCAAGAACAGACGCUAUUUGCAGUCCGGAUGGGUUUGUGCGUAACAACCCCUGCAGCUUCCCAGGGACCGGCAGUCCCAGCGCUCUCCACGUCAACCGCCGCAUCCCUUUGUCUUCUCCCGGCGUCAUGAUGCACAGCUCGCCUGCCGCACAGUCGUCCUGCGUCAUGGCCGGAAGGACAAACAUGCCUCUUUCCCCCCCAGUCCCCAACAAGAGUCCUGUCAUGAAAAAGCCCCUGUGUAACUACCCACCCAGCAUGGACUCCAGCAGAACUGUGUUUCAUCAUAAAGCUCCACCUGCUCCUGCCCCCCCUCUGCCCCCACCCUGUGCCCUGCAGAAUAAACAGGUGAGUUCUGAGAAAGACCCUCUUGGCAUCCUGGAUCCUAUUCCCAGUAAACCAAUCCCAUCCAAUUUCCAGCCCAACGCCCACUCUCAGGUACCAAUGAUGAAUGUAAACAUCCCCCCCGCCAUCGUCCCUUUGCCAAGCAACCUUCCUUUGCCCACUGUUAAACCAGGGCCCGUUGGCCACGGGGGUCACAUGCAGAGGACUCAGCAUGUUGCAGCCAGCACCAUAUCCCCUUCGCCGGUCACCUCCCCCGUGCAUAUGUCCGGGCCUGUCUUGGGUCGUAUGGAAGCGUCUCCACAGCGAUCGCGCUCCUCGUCCACCUCCUCUGAGCAGGGGGGCUUUGCCAUUCCUCUGUGUGGCAGUAUGAAGGUCCCGCCACGCUCGCCCAGGUCCUCCAUGAGUUCGCCUAGACCCGCUUUGCCUUCCAGCCCAUCUGGUAAGCCGGAAGUUCUUCACCAAUACAAAGAAAUGCCCAACCAGCUGCUUGCUGGGAUGAGUAGCACCCUCAACAGUCAGCACAACCCCAUGUAUCCGCCUGCCUCAGGCAGCAGCGCCCUGCAGAAGGAGCACCCAGGGCUUCUGGGAAUGCCACUGAACCAGAUUCUCAACCAACACAAUGCUGCCUCUUUCCCCGCCAGCAGUCUCCUGUCAGCUGCCGCCAAAGCACAGCUAGCAAAUCAAAACAAACAAGUUGGAUGCGGCGGCAGUGGUGGUGGAUGUACAGGAGGUGUGGUGAGUAGUGGGAGCGGUGUGGGGGCAUCCGCUGGGCUAUCUUGCCCUCUUGGUGGGGCUGAUGCUAACAGGGUCGUUGAAGGGCAUAACACAUUAAACCCCAUGUUGCCGCCCAACCCUGCCUUGAUAAUGCCCAGUGGUGAGGGUCAGAGUGGGCGUGCGGCCCUGCGAGACAAGCUCAUGGCGCAGCAGCGCGACCCUCUGCGCAAACGCAAGCAUCCUCCAAAUGCUGGCAACCAUGAGAACAAUUUUUUUAACAUGCUGAAGCCAGACAUGGCCGGAAUGAGGACGCCCUGCCCUUCAGCCGAGCAGAUCAGAAAAACAUCUCGACUGCCUCCAAACACAUCAAUGGCUCAUUUACUCCAAUCUCUGAGCAACCACAGCUCUAACAUGACCAGAGGCAGAAACACAGGCCUUGCAGGUCCUAGUCGGACGCACUUCGGCGAGGUUGCCGUGCCCACUGGCGCUGCCUCUCAAAAUGUGCGGCUACAACAGCGAUUGCACGGCCAGACAGAAGUGAUGCACGGCCCCAGAGUGGAGUCUGCAGUGCAUGCUGCCCAGAGCCAGUUUCCUAGCAUGAUGAACCAGAUGCAGACUAAUGCCAUAGGGAACUGUGGGCCCAUGAACCAAAGCGGACAAGUUCCUCUCGGAAACCACGUGAUGGGACAUGCGAGUGCUCACUUUCAGCAGCACGGCGAGCCAAACGUCAGCUUCAUGCUGCCCGGAAAUAGUGACGCCUGCUGCCCGCAACCCAUGACUGACACAGGUGACCCUGUAUCUCAGAGCUGCAGCAUAGGUAACGCUCCUCCGAUGGGCGGCAUCAUGACUGCCACAGGGCACGUGUACCAGCAGCAGAUGCAUCCAGCACUACAUGGCGUUCACAGGGUCUACCCAUAUCAAAGACAGGGGCAUUCCUUCUCAACAGCUCCUUAUACAGACAACGUUCCCAACUCCAACAGCUUGCCUUGCCUGUACCAGGAUUAUCAGGGCUGCAUGACUGACAGCGGCCCGCCGGGCAUCACCUCUCAUUCUGGUGACACGGGGAUGUACCGAGAGGCUCCGCAGAAGCUACAGGGUCAGGGCGACAUUUCCAUUGUAGGAGCCACUGGAGGUCAGAGUUCGGCAGAGUCUGUGGAUGCGAUCUACAGAGCGGUGGUGGAUGCCGCAGGCAAAGGCAUGCACGUGACUAUCACCACUGGUGUGAGCAGCAGCACACAGGCGAGCCCUGUCCCUGCGCUCAGUGCCAUGAGUGCCUUCACGGCUUCAAUCGGCCAGCCGCUCAGCCUACCUCAUGCCGUCAAUGCCGUCAUACAUGCCCCGCGCAGCUCUGAGGGGACGGACUCUCUGUCCCAGUCUCAGCGUGUUCGACCGCAACUCCCCAACCACACGCGCAGGAGCUCUGAGCAGGGUAAAAACACACCUAAUGACGUAGAUGCACACCAGUAUUUCCGCUCCCCUAGUGUGGUCACGCCCCGCCCACAGUGGGAUGAGCCCAACCACUCUCACUGGAGAGGGGACGAGUUUCUAGAGUGUUCUACACAGGAACACAGCAGUCCGUGCAGUAGCAAAGGAGAGAGAACAAGCGUCAUGGACACUUCCGUCCAGAUGUGUCCGACGGAGAUGACAACCCAAACCCAUGACCCUUCUGACCCUCAGAUGGAUGAGAGUGGAAGCCUGCGAUUUAACCACCGCAUGCCCGCUGGCAUGAGAGAGCGUCUGGAGCCAACAGAACGAUGCGCUCAACUGAACGGCAUGCUGCCUCGCAGCGGAUAUGGGGAGCCACUCACCGGAGAUGACCAGUCGCCUGGAUCCUCCACUAGCUUGGAGGGGCCGCUGCUGAAAGACUACACCCACUUCAACGGCCAUUUUAACGGACACUGCGCGCCCAGCCCCUCCGACACCAAGAGCCUCAGCAGUGAGGAGGAACUGCGCCAUCCCGACUCGCCUUCAGCCGACCUGCUGCACUACAGGCCCAGGUCCUUCAAUGUGGGUGAACUGGUCUGGCCAAUCAAAGGCUUCCCUUCCUGGCCUAACAAGCUGAUGAGAGAAGAGCAUGGACACAAUCCCAGCAUGCAAAUGUCUGAACAAGCCAAGGUGGAACCCGAGCAGCUGAAGACACUAACACAUGACCUUCAGGCGCUCGACAGAGCCAGCAAAAAACACAGGAAAGCUGGGAAACUGAAUCAUCAUUUAGAAGCAGCGAUUCAUGAGGCGAUGAGUGAACUGGACAAGAUGUCUGGAUCAGUUCAUCAGGAUCGACAGGUCAAACUGCCCAAAACCAAGAGGAGGAAGAUCUCCAGAUAACAACAGAGAUCAGACAGACACCCGUCUCUCUCUCUCUCUCUCCGUCUCUCUCUCAUUGAUCGUGGUGCUACCGAUGGCCCGCCCUCACCAGUGACUGACAGGUGCUGGAUCAGCCAAUUAGAAAAGGGAGCAAAUACAAUCUUGCUGAAGAACUAUUUUUUUCUAGUCUAUGAGGAAGAAAUAUCAAAAAAGGUAAAAAAAAAAAUAAAUAAAAAAAAAUCUGCAUUUAAGGACACGGACAGUCCGAAUAUUUCUGAUAUGUUUUCAGUGUGUAUAUAGACAAAACAGAAAUUUCAUGGGAAAAACAUGGGAAGAAGUGUAAA